CAUGGCCCUCGGAGGUAAACCCGAAACGCCACCGUUAUCAAAGCUUCGAAAUCACAGGAAGCUCAUCUCAGAGUCGCCAUCGCUCUCUUUGCAGGUAGUGGGAAAAUUUGUGGUUAGAGAGAGUUUAUAUGGAAGGAGAAGAUAGCAUAUUGGAUUCACUAUAUGAUGAUGAUGGUGAGGAUGUCGAAAUGCUCGAUGUCGAAGAAGGAGAGCUUGUGGAGCUUGAAUCACUAAAUGGAACCGUAAAGGGGAGUGGUGUGGAUCUUGAAUCACAGAAUGGCUCGGUACAGGGAAGCGGUGGGAAUGAUGAGAGUGGAGCAAACCAAGAGCAUCAGAGCAAGGGUAGCAAGAAUAAGAGGAAGAAGAGGAGAAAUAGGAGAAAGAACAGCGCCGCCGGCCCGAGGACUAAUGUAUUUGACUUAGACAGGUUUGUUUCGCAGACGUGUAGAAAUCUGGGAGAGAAUAAAUCCUACAUGGUGUACACUGCUGUUGCUUGUCUGGGAGUUGCUGCAUUGUGUGAUCUCAUCAAAGAGGUGAAUGCAAUCCAGGCAUGUGGAGGUCAGAUGACUGCUAAUGGCAGACGUUUGAAGACGGGUGGUGGUCUGCUGUGGAAUAUCAUCAAAGCACGAGAUCCAAAGGCCUAUAAAGAGAUCAUGAAGAAAGCAAAGGAAUUUGAGAAGCAAUUCAAGGGACCUUAUAGUAGACAGGCACCGACAAGCCAAAGUAAAGUAGAAUUAUCCCAAGUAGUUGACCCUUCAUCAAAGGAUGGGACUCCAGUCAAAGUUUCAAAUGAUUUGCAGCAUGUAACUGAAAUGACUAAAAUUCCUGAGCAGACUCGAGACAAUCAGUCAAAUCCUCAAAGUAAACACGUUUCUGUUCGUGAUAGGUUGAGGGUACCUGUUUCAUAUGAUGAUGAGCUGCUAGCAGAAGAACACAAAGAAAAUGCACUUUGAUCUUCCUAAAUGUUUGAUCAGAGGGUCGGCAUUGACUUUAUUCAUCGAUGGAGUUUAAUUGUUUUUUGUUUUUACAUAUAGGGAGUAUGUCGGGAUUAUGAACUUGUGUUUAAUGAGAAAUUUCGAUGAAUAUAGAAGUACUUUUGCCACUAUGGGCAGUCUUAUUUCAAUUGAUUAUCCAUGGGAA